AAACUAAACAGUGUCCUAUAGGCAGCUAUCAGCUCAGCAUGUGUUGUUUACUUGGAAAGUGAAAGAAAGUCUCCCACUUUGCCUUUCCUUAGAUGAACAGAGCUCUUGAAUCUGAACAGAACAUCAAUAUUUCAGAGCCCUUUUGGAUUUCUUGAUCUCCGUACAAUGCUGCUGGAUGAAUAUCAAGAGCGGCUCUUCGUGGGAGGCAGGGACCUUGUAUAUUCCCUCAGCUUGGAGAGAAUCAGUGACGGCUAUAAAGAGAUACACUGGCCGAGUACAGCUCUAAAAAUGGAAGAAUGUAUAAUGAAGGGAAAAGAUGCGGGUGAAUGUGCAAAUUAUGUUCGGGUUUUGCAUCACUAUAACAGGACACACCUUCUGACCUGUGGUACUGGAGCUUUUGAUCCAGUUUGCGCCUUCAUCAGAGUUGGAUAUCAUUUGGAGGAUCCUCUGUUUCACCUGGAAUCACCCAGAUCUGAGAGAGGAAGGGGCAGAUGUCCUUUUGACCCCAGCUCCUCCUUCAUCUCCACUUUAAUUGGUAGUGAAUUGUUUGCUGGACUCUACAGUGACUACUGGAGCAGAGACGCUGCGAUCUUCCGCAGCAUGGGGCGACUGGCCCAUAUCCGCACUGAGCAUGACGAUGAGCGUCUGUUGAAAGAACCAAAAUUUGUAGCUUCAUACAUGAUUCCUGACAAUGAAGACAGAGAUGACAACAAAGUAUAUUUCUUUUUUACUGAGAAGGCACUGGAGGCAGAAAACAAUGCCCAUGCAAUUUACACCAGGGUCGGGCGGCUCUGUGGGAAUGAUGUAGGAGGGCAGAGAAUACUGGUGAAUAAGUGGAGCACUUUCCUAAAAGCGAGACUCAUUUGCUCAGUACCAGGAAUGAAUGGAAUUGACACAUAUUUUGAUGAAUUAGAGGACGUUUUUUUGCUACCUACCAGAGAUCAUAAGAAUCCGGUUAUAUUUGGACUCUUUAACACUACCAGUAAUAUUUUUCGAGGGCAUGCUAUAUGUGUCUAUCACAUGUCUAGCAUUCGGGCAGCCUUCAACGGACCAUAUGCACAUAAGGAAGGACCUGAAUACCACUGGUCAGUCUAUGAAGGAAAAGUCCCUUAUCCAAGGCCUGGUUCUUGUGCCAGCAAAGUAAAUGGAGGGAGAUACGGAACCACCAAGGACUAUCCGGAUGAAGCCAUCCGAUUUGCAAGAAGUCACCCACUAAUGUACCAGGCCAUAAAACCUGCCCAUAAAAAACCAAUAUUGGUAAAAACAGAUGGAAAAUAUAACCUGAAACAAAUAGCAGUGGAUCGAGUGGAAGCUGAGGAUGGCCAAUAUGAUGUCUUGUUUAUUGGGACAGAUAAUGGAAUUGUGCUGAAAGUAAUCACAAUUUACAACCAAGAAAUGGAAUCAAUGGAAGAAGUAAUUCUAGAAGAACUUCAGAUAUUCAAGGAUCCAGUUCCUAUUAUUUCUAUGGAGAUUUCUUCAAAGCGGCAACAGCUGUAUAUUGGAUCUGCUUCUGCUGUGGCUCAAGUCAGAUUCCAUCACUGUGACAUGUAUGGAAGUGCUUGUGCUGACUGCUGCCUGGCUCGAGACCCUUACUGUGCCUGGGAUGGUAUAUCCUGCUCCCGGUAUUACCCAACAGGCACACAUGCAAAAAGGCGUUUCCGGAGACAAGAUGUUCGACAUGGAAAUGCAGCUCAGCAAUGCUUUGGACAACAGUUUGUUGGGGAUGCUUUGGAUAAGACUGAAGAGCAUCUGGCUUAUGGCAUAGAGAACAACAGUACUUUGCUGGAAUGUACCCCACGAUCUUUACAAGCAAAAGUUAUCUGGUUUGUACAGAAAGGACGUGAGACAAGAAAAGAGGAGGUGAAGACAGAUGACAGAGUGGUUAAGAUGGACCUUGGUUUACUCUUCCUAAGGUUACGCAAAUCAGAUGCUGGGACCUAUUUUUGCCAGACAGUAGAGCAUAGCUUUGUCCAUACUGUCCGUAAAAUCACCUUGGAGGUAGUGGAAGAGGAGAAAGUCGAAGAUAUGUUUAACAAGGACGAUGAGGAGGACAGGCAUCACAGGAUGCCUUGUCCUGCUCAGAGUAGCAUCUCGCAGGGAGCAAAACCAUGGUACAAGGAAUUUUUGCAGCUGAUCGGUUAUAGCAACUUCCAGAGAGUGGAAGAAUACUGCGAGAAAGUAUGGUGCACAGAUAGGAAGAGGAAAAAGCUUAAAAUGUCACCCUCCAAGUGGAAGUAUGCCAACCCUCAGGAAAAGAAGCUCCGUUCCAAACCUGAGCAUUACCGCCUGCCCAGGCACACGCUGGACUCCUGAUGGGGUGAGACUAUCUACUGUCUUUUGAAGAAUUUAUAUUUGGAACGUAAAAAAGUAAAAAAAUAAAUAAAUCAUCCAACUUCUUUGCAUUACUUAAAAGAGAUU